AUGCCCAAAGAAAUCACAUAUAACGAGAACUCAGUUCUUAUACAAAAUUCCAAAUCACAAGAAACCGGUGAACACUCAUGCGAGGAUAUGCCACCCCAAUGGCAGCCCCCACCGAGACCAAUAGCGAGGCGCUGUUUCAUUAUUCUUUGCUAUAUUUUUGUGGCAGACUCGAACCUUGAAAGUUUUUGGAAGAGAAUCAGUAGAGACUCCUCGAAGGGCUGGAAAGACUAUCAUGCCGAAUAUUUUGACUUCCUUAACCGCAUAAGCACCGUGCAAGGACUGCUGCUCACAACGUCAGCUGUCUUCAUCUCAACCGCAGCCCCGUUAUCUAUCCUAAAUUAUGCUGCGGACAUUCCAUACGCAUGUUUGUCUGAGUCGCUCGUCUUCGCUUUGUUCGGGCUGUUCCUGCAGUUAUUUGUCUCUGCCUACUUGGGACCACGAUAUAAACGCGCAAAAACAUUGGAGGAACUCAAAGAGAAACGUUGGAUGAUCUUUUGUCACCUUUUCAAUUUAGCUCUCCCAGCUCUUUUCUUUAAUGCUUCUUUAGGUUGGCUCUUAGCGGCGAUCGUGAUCACCGGGUGCAUGUCACAAUCACUCCUAACUCGUAUUCUCACAAUUAUCACCGUCCUUGCUCUUGUCUUGGUGGAAUUUUUGUCCUUCGUGAUUCUACCUCCAUUUCGAAAAUUUUGGGCAGUGUCAUUAUGGGGUGUUCACCAUGACAGACAUUGAGGUUGUACUACGACCUCCAAAUGUACAUGGUAUUAGCAUGCCUUCCCGAUGUAUAUUUAUUAUAUCCCAUUCACUCCUGUAUAUCUGUUAUAAUCUUGAUCAGAUUCACGUUUUCGGUUCAGUGUUGCGCAUGACUUUCGUUCUUGUCCAGGAAAAUGGCGC